AUUGUUUUUUGUGGCGCAUAUGUUUUUGGUGCCCUCUAGUACCAAUAUUUAUGUGUUCAAAUAAAUAAAUAUUAAUACUUUACGAUCUAUAAAGUUGUUGUGUGGUGAUCCACUAUUCAUAAGCUUUUUGCUUGUAUCUCCAAAUCACUUUUUUGUUUCAAAUUGCUUCACAGUAUAACAACAAACUGCAACCACGUUAUUUAAGUCAAGCGCAUGAGUCAAUCGGACGUCGUUUAACAUCACCUCCUACACGAAGUAUGUGGUCAACCGUUGGUGGUGCUGGUGUCCGUUCAAAACCCAGCGCAGAAAAUUUCGGUGGAAUAAAACACAGUACACCAAAUUACACUCUUGGUUCAUCGACGAAUCCUCCUGUAAAACAAAUAGGUGUUAGUCCUUUCCAGUCGCCGGGUGAUUCUAGUUAUCAUCGAACACCUUUGCAUAAUGUUGUAAAUAAUCGCCCACCUUUAGUUGGGUCACCACUCCAUAAUAACAGUAUUCUUGCAAAUAUAAACGAUGGGAAUAAGAAGCAAGAUGGUAUUAGUACACCUGAUCGUUUAGCGGAGGCUUUGCUUUCACAUCGAAGUUCCAACGACUUUGAUAAUGCGAAUCCACAUGAUUGUUGGGUAACUGUUUUCGGCCUCCUUGAGAUAUGGAACGGGUGACUUCAUCCUGCACCAUCCUUAAAGCCUUGGAUAUCCCAAAGGGACAUAAGGUUGCGAUUUCUAGAAGCUCAUACCUUCAAUGAACCUAUCCUCGACCAUCAGUCGCACAUUCGCAACGCAACUUUCAUGAAGCGCGCCAAUUGUAGUACUGAUUAAAACCAUCUACAUUCAUAUCUUAUAAAUUAUCAACCCAGCUAUGUAAUUCACUACAGUGUAUAUUGUAUCAUUUGUAUCAAUUUGAUCUUGCCUGUAAACUGGCAUGCCUCAUGUAACAAACUGUUAUUUGAGAAUAAAUUAUUAUUAUUAUUAGGUCAACAGCAUCGCGCACAUGGAGUUAGUAACAAUUCUGCAUGCUUAAGUUGGUUCCUUUUCGAUUUACGCAGUGUCACGGUUGACU